AAGUCAUGUCGUUAUUUUUGAUAAAGGCCAAGUGAUCAUGGAUCGAUACACGGCGUUCCGAAGAAAGAAAUCAGAACACAUGACAAUAUCGUCUCACGUGAUGGACUCAAUUGAAGCAAAAGAGAGGGUGGUCAUUAAAACCUCGCUCCACGACAUUUUGUGCGGGCUCCGGCAAACCAUUUCCAAGGAUACAGCCGUUGGAGGGGAGUCAGCAGGAAACAUGGAUUGAAUGCGUUACACGCAUUAAAAGAAAAUGCGUUGCGCUCAUUGACACGAAACAAGGGCAUGAUCAUCGCGAUGUUAAUCUAACGAGAGAUUAAAGAACAACGAUGGUCUAUGCUCAGACGACGGACAACAUCAAGUCCUCCCUCCUCUCCACGCUGUUCGCUCUCCCGCUCGCCCCCAACUCCAGCGCGAACUCCUCCCUCCCGGGCGGCUCGCCCACUCCGGCCGACUGCCGCCCAGAUGGCUCCUCCCCCGGCCCCGCCUCCCUCCAGCGCAACGCGUCGCUCCCGUCCUACGAGCUGACCGCGGCUGAGACGCUCACCCUCAGCCUGGUGCUGGGGGCGCUGUGGCUGGUGUCCGUCUUCGGCAACGCCCUGGUCUGCCUGGUCAUCCACCGCAGCCGACGGACCCAGUCCACCACCAACUACUUUGUGGUGUCCAUGGCGUGCGCCGACCUGCUGCUGAGCCUGGGUUGGGCGCCGUUCGCCCUGCUCCAGGUGGCCUCGGGCCAAUGGCUGCUCAGCGACACGGCCUGCCGGGCGGUACGCUACAUCCAGCACCUGGCGCCCGGCGUGCAGGUCUACGUCCUGCUCUCCAUCUGCGUGGACCGGUUCUACACCAUCGUCUACCCCCUCAGCUUCAAAGUCUCGCGGGAGAAGGCCAAGAGGAUGAUCGUGGGCUCCUGGGUGCUGGACGCGGCCUUCGUGUCGCCCUGCCUCUUCUUCUACGGCUCGGCCGGCGACGGCCACUGCGGCUUCUUCCUCCCGGACACGUGGGACGGCGUGGCCUACGGCGUGGCCCACCUGGUGCUGGGGUUCCUCCUGCCCACCGUCCUCAUCGCGCUCUUCUACCAGCGGGUGGUCAAGUACAUCUGGAGGAUCGGCAGCGAUGGGCGCACGGUCCGCCGGACCAUGAACAUCGUGCCCAGGACUAAGGUCAAAACCAUCAAGAUGUUCCUGGCGCUCAACGGCGUCUUCCUCCUGACGUGGGCGCCCUUCUACGUGGCGCAGCUCUGGCACCCCGGGGACGCCGGGUCGCGGCAGGAGGCCCUGCUCUUCACCGCCGUCACCUGGGUCUCCUUCAGCUCGGCCGCGUCCAAGCCCACCCUCUACUCCAUCCACAACGCCAACUUCCGCCGCGGCAUGAGGGAGACCUUCUGCAUGUCGUCCAUGAAGUGCUACCGCAGCAACGCGUACACCAUCACCACCAGCUCCCGGAUGGCCAAAAAGAACUACGUGGGGAUCGUGGAGAUCCCAGCCCCGGCGAAGACCAUCACCAAAGAGUCCAUCUACGACACCUUCGACCGCGAGGCCAAGGAGAAGAAGCUGGCCUGGCCCAUCAACACCAACCCGCCAAACACUUUCGUGUGAGGACGUUCUUUUUGGACGGCGAGCAAAGGCGAACGUCGAUGGAGACUAAAGCUUUAUCGACUGGUCGCCAUCGGAGUCUACUACUCGGCGUGAUGUUACGGACGUUCGUCGUUUUUACAGCACGUGCCAGGUCGUGGCACGGUCCGCCGGGGUUUGGCCGGAAUAAAUCAAAGGCCUAACUGUGCCUAGGAUUUUCACCUGUCCGGAAUUCCAGCUGUAAAGGACCUCUGGGUCUGGUUUCCCACUGAUGUAUAAAACACCACGUUCAUUAAAUUAUUCUUGUAAGUCCUAGAGGUCAUAUUGAAUUUAAAGCAAUCAUCAAAAACGUAGUGAAGUGUUAUGUGUGAUCACACCUCGCAAAGCGGGUGGGGAUAUCUUACGUCUAACUUCGCCCGCAGGGCGGAUCUGAUCGGGCAGGGCUCGGGGGCGGGGGGAAGGGAAUGCCAGAGGUCCCGGUUCAAAAACCGCAGGGAGGACCCAUCGUUAGCAACGCCGUGUUUGUUUGUACCGUUAUCAUUUCGUCGUUAUUGCAGGGCAACGGAUGCUUUUCAUCGAGGAAGUGGCUUGACUCACGCCGAAAGGGACCGAUAUUCUUCAGCCGGGUAAUAAGCGGAUUACAUUAAAGGUUGUAAAUAUUGGGUGCUAGGUGGAGGCCUUCAAAUGUGGAAUGCCUAGCAGUCAGAAGAGGGGCUGAGGCAAUGUAUUACCCAUUCGAUCUUCAGCUGGGCACUCUCAGUGAGAACAUAGUCCUGUUUAACCCCCCCCCCCACAGCACAACUUGUCGUAUAAUCCCAUUUGUUAAGUGUGGAUGGGAAAGCCAUGACAAGCAAUCAUUCCCAAACAAAAUAAAUAGCAGGUGUAACCAUGUUUGUUUGUUUUUUUAACUUGCCGGACCACAAUAAAAAGGUGGAGGUGGACCGGCGUGUGAGAGUCUACUGCGAGCCCAAAGACGGGACCGAAUACUGUAAAAACCGCACCCUCUGUUCAGACGCCCGCCAUGUUGUGCUGUUGCCUCCGCUUUGCUUUGUACUGCAGCCAUACUGUGGGUUACUGUCCGUGAGUCAUGCUUUCACACCUCUCCAUCAUUCAGCCUGUCAUACAAUAACCAGCUUUUCUUCACUGGUACAAAAAAAAAAAAAAAGAAUAAAGAACUUUAUUAUGCAUCUUAUACUGUGACACUCCCUGUCUGUGUCGUCUGUGUCUGAUGUCAGUCCAACAGGUGACCAUAGGCAAGAUAAGAAGGCAAGAUAAGACUUGCUUUUCUUUAAAUUCAUACCAUUAAUGGUUGUUUCGAAUGAUAAUUUUUGUUAAAACUACCCAUACGCAUGGAUUGA